GCUGCAUCUAUAUUACACUCCUCACGUUAUGGCGGCAGAACUACUAUCAUUUUGGCUCCUUCUGGUCUUUUCCGGCACUCUGAUUUCAGGAGACUCUUCCUUGAGAUUAGAUAAUCUGACAUUUGUGGUGGUGGUCUAUCGACAUGGGGACCGUUCCCCAAUUUAUACAUACCCCACUGACCCCUACAAAGUUACAGUCUGGGAAAAUGGACUGCAACAGCUGACGCAGGUAGGCAUCAAACAGCAGUAUGAGCUGGGGCAAUAUCUGAGGAUGAGAUAUAAACAUUUUCUCAGCCCAUCAUAUAGAAAAGAGGAGAUCUACGUGCGUAGUACAGACUAUGACAGGACCUUGAUGAGUGCUCAGGCCAUCCUGGCAGGAUUGUAUCCUCCAGACAAAACCCAGCGGUGGCACCCAGAUAUCCCAUGGCAGCCAAUACCAGUGCAUACAGUGCCGCUAUCCCAGGAAAGACUACUAAAAUUUCCUUUCAAAGAUUGUCCCCGAUUCUAUGAACUAUUGAAGGAGACCACUCAGCUGCCGGAUUAUAAGAACAGGAUGAAUGCAUGGAAGGAUUUUAUUGCAAGCAUUGCAAGCUACACUGGUUAUAGUGUGGAGGAAGCAGUCCCUCAUCGAGUAUAUGACACGCUCUUCUGUCAGAAGUCUCACAACUUCAGUCUACCAGCCUGGGCCACACCAGAUGUGUUGAAAACAUUGGAAGAGAUCACCGCUUUUGAAAUUAAAUCACACACAACACUCCACAAAUCUAAAGAGAAGUCUCGCCUCACUGGAGGGAUUCUUGUGGAUGCUGUGCUUCAGAAUUUCACAGAAGCCAUUAAGACAUCUCCACCACAAAAAAUGGUGAUGUACUCAGCGCAUGACACCACCAUCAUAGCUCUACAAGUGGCACUGGGCGUUUAUACUGGAAUCCAUCCACCAUAUGCUUCUUGUCACAUAUUUGAAUUCUACAAGGAAAGUGAUGGCACUUACAGUGUUGGAAUGUACUAUCGGAACGAGUCAAACACAGAUCCAUACGAGUUAGUGUUGCCAGGAUGUACAUCUCCUUGCCCAUUGCAGAACUUCUCUCAGCUUAUGGCACCAGUUAUCCCACAGGACUGGAGGAAGGAGUGCCAAAUCCAGAAGGAACAAAAAUCAGACAGAACCAUUUUAGUGUUAUCCAUUGUAGUGGGAAUCCUCUCUGUUUCACUUCUGUUCAUCCUGUUUUGGGCUUUGAAGUCACGACCAGAAUAAUACUCAUGGCCCCUCAUUACAUCAGAGCGACGCCAGCCCACGACCACCAUCGCCGCCCCCUUCUGUAUGUUUCGGUGGGCUCUUGCUUAGUGGUUAUCCAACUACACACCAUACAGCCACAACUUUGAUGUUUUCCUACACAACUGACAAGUUUGUCGUUUAAUGCAGUGUUUCCCAACCAGUGUACCUCCAGCUGUUGCAAAGAUACAACUCCCAGCAUGCCCAGACAACAUUUGGCUGUGUGGGCAUGCUGGGAGUUGUAGUUUUGUAACAGCUGGAGGCACACUGGUCUAAUGGAUGUAGCUGGCCUAUCAGCCAUAGUCAUCCAGCUCAUGCACAUGCUUUCUUGGCACUCUGCAGAAAUUUGCUGCCCAACUCCUCUGGCAGCAUUGUAUUCAUCCAAGAACAAAGAUAGUUAUGCAUUUUUUUAUUAAAGGGCAUCCAUUACAGAUUAUUGCUGCU